GCUUGCUCCGGGCAGAGCCUGGAGGUGCGGGGCGGGCUCCGAGAGCGCUCUCGGGGCUGCUCCAGGCAGAGCAGCGGCGGCUGGAACUCGCUUCCUCCCUCCUUCCGUCCUCCCCCUUCCCGCGAUCAGCCCCAUCACCACGCCAGGCCCCCCUCCCCUGCCGUCAUCACGCUCCCCUUCUCCCUUCUUGGCACUUUCCUCUCGAACCAUCCUUCUGGACAAAGUUUGAUGGAGAAUUUCACACCACGCUGGAAAAAUGCCGGUUAUGAAAGGAUUACUGGCGCCCCAGAACACCUUCCUCGACACCAUCGCCACCCGUUUUGACGGAACACAUAGCAACUUCAUCCUUGCAAACGCCCAGGUGGCUAAGGGUUUCCCCAUAGUCUACUGUUCUGAUGGCUUCUGCGAGCUUGCUGGAUUUGCCCGAACUGAAGUCAUGCAGAAGAGUUGCAGCUGCAAAUUCUUAUUUGGGGUUGAAACCAAUGAGCAACUGAUACUUCAAAUAGAAAAGUCACUGGAGGAAAAAACAGAAUUCAAAGGAGAAAUUAUGUUCUACAAGAAGAAUGGAUCUCCAUUUUGGUGCCUAUUGGAUAUUGUUCCUAUAAAGAAUGAGAAAGGAGAUGUGGUACUUUUUCUGGCCUCAUUCAAAGAUAUAACAGAUACAAAAGUGAAGAUUACUCCAGAAGAUAAAAAAGAAGACAAAGCCAAAGGAAGAUCAAGAGCAGGGACCCACUUUGACUCAGCCCGGAGACGGAGUCGAGCGGUCCUUUAUCACAUCUCUGGGCACCUGCAAAGAAGAGAAAAGAACAAACUGAAAAUAAAUAAUAAUGUUUUUGUAGAUAAACCAGCAUUUCCGGAGUAUAAAGUUUCUGAUGCAAAAAAGUCCAAAUUCAUACUUUUGCAUUUUAGCACUUUUAAAGCUGGCUGGGACUGGCUUAUUCUGUUGGCGACGUUUUAUGUUGCCGUGACUGUACCUUACAACGUUUGCUUUAUCGGCAACGAUGACCUGUCCACGACUCGGAGCACAACAGUCAGUGACAUUGCAGUGGAGAUUCUUUUUAUUAUAGAUAUUAUUUUAAAUUUCCGAACAACCUAUGUGAGCAAGUCUGGCCAGGUUAUCUUUGAAGCAAGAUCAAUUUGCAUCCACUACGUCACAACCUGGUUCAUCAUUGAUUUGAUCGCUGCCCUGCCUUUUGACCUCCUGUAUGCUUUCAACGUCACAGUGGUGUCUCUCGUGCAUCUCCUGAAGACCGUACGGCUGCUGCGUCUUUUGCGUCUCCUGCAGAAGUUGGACCGUUAUUCCCAACAUAGCACAAUCGUCCUGACUCUGCUCAUGUCCAUGUUUGCGCUCCUUGCACACUGGAUGGCGUGUAUCUGGUAUGUCAUUGGAAAAAUGGAGAGGGAAGACAACAGCCUUCUGAAGUGGGAAGUUGGUUGGCUCCAUGAGCUGGGAAAGAGGCUGGAGUCUCCAUACUAUGGCAACAACACCUUGGGGGGCCCAUCGAUCCGAAGUGCCUAUAUUGCUGCUCUGUACUUCACCCUCAGCAGCCUCACCAGUGUUGGGUUUGGGAACGUCUCUGCUAAUACAGAUGCAGAAAAGAUCUUCUCCAUCUGCACCAUGCUGAUCGGUGCCUUGAUGCAUGCCUUGGUAUUUGGAAACGUGACGGCGAUCAUACAGAGGAUGUACUCCAGGUGGUCCCUCUACCACACUAGAACGAAGGAUCUGAAGGACUUCAUACGUGUCCAUCACCUGCCCCAGCAGCUCAAGCAGAGGAUGCUCGAGUAUUUCCAAACAACCUGGUCAGUCAACAAUGGAAUAGAUUCAAAUGAGCUUCUGAAAGACUUUCCAGAUGAGUUGCGUUCUGACAUCACCAUGCACCUGAACAAGGAAAUCUUGCAGUUGUCUCUUUUUGAGUGUGCCAGCCGGGGCUGCCUCAGGUCUCUGUCAUUACACAUCAAAACCUCCUUCUGUGCUCCGGGGGAGUACCUGCUGCGUCAAGGAGAUGCUUUGCAGGCCAUCUACUUUGUAUGCUCGGGCUCCAUGGAAGUUCUUAAAGACAGCAUGGUGCUGGCUAUUCUUGGGAAAGGGGAUUUAAUUGGAGCAAAUCUAUCAAUUAAGGACCAAGUGAUCAAGACCAAUGCAGAUGUGAAGGCGUUAACCUACUGUGAUCUCCAGUGCAUCAUCCUCAAAGGACUCUUUGAAGUGCUAGACCUUUACCCAGAAUAUGCUCACAAAUUCAUGGAAGACAUUCAGCAUGACCUCACAUACAACCUUCGCGAAGGUCAUGAGAGUGAUGUGAUAUCAAGAUUGUCGAACAAAUCUACCAUCUCACAGUCAGAGCCCAAGGGAAAUGGCAGCAUCAACAAGAGACUCCCAUCCAUUGUGGAAGAUGAGGAAGAGGAGGAGGAGGGGGAGGAAGAGGAGACAGCCUCCCUCUCUCCCAUCUACACCAGGGGAUCCUCCUCUUCACGCAACAAGAAGGUUGGAAGCAAUAAAAGCUAUCUAGGCUUAAGCCUGAAGCAGCUGGCUUCAGGAACAGUGCCGUUUCACUCACCUAUCAGAGUCUCCAGUUCAAAUUCUCCAAAAACCAAACAGGAAACUGACCCCCCUAACCAGGGUAAAAGGAAAGAGAAGAACUUGAAACUGCAGCUUUCGACUUUGAAUAGUGCUGGACCCCCAGACCUCAGUCCAAGAAUUGUUGACGGAAUUGAAGACGGAAACAGUAGUGAAGAAAGUCAGACUUUUGACUUCGGCUCUGAACGAAUCAGGCCGGAGGCCAGAAUUUCUCCUCCUCUCGGAGACCCAGAGAUUGGAGCUGCUGUGCUCUUCAUCAAAGCAGAGGAGACCAAGCAGCAGAUAAACAAGCUCAACAGUGAGGUAACAACAUUGACUCAGGAGGUCUCCCAGUUAGGUAAAGACAUGAGGAAUGUGUUGCAACUACUAGAAAACGUUCUGUCACCCCAGCGAUCAUCGCGAUUUUGCUCUCUGCACACCACCUCUGUGUGUCCCUCCAGGGACAGCUUACAGACCAGGAUGACCUGGAGUACGCACCAACCUUGUCUACACUUGCAAGCAGGUGGUGCUGCUUAUCCCCAAGCACAACUUUGUCACGGUAAUGUCACCUCAGACAUUUGGAGUGUGGAUCCCUCCUCUGAGGGGAGCAGCCCCCAACGAACUGGAGCUCAUGAGCAAAAUCCUGCAGACAGUGAACUUUAUCAUACUCCACACCUUGAUUAUUCGCCUGCCCACUACCAGGUUGUCCAAGAAGGUCAUUUGCAAUUUUUAAGGUGCAUCUCUCCACAUUCAGAUUCCACGCUGACGCCUCUGCAGUCCAUUUCGGCGACUCUCUCGUCCUCCGUCUGCUCCUCCUCAGAAACAUCUUUGCACCUGGUUCUCCCAAGCAGAUCAGAGGAGGGCAGCUUUAGCCAGGGAGCUGUGAGUUCCUUCAGUCUGGAAAACUUGCCAGGAUCUUGGGACCAGGAAGGAAUGGCACCGGUCUCUACUGAACCCUUGGAGAACUUUCCAUUGGAAGUUGUCACAAGCACAGCCGAAGUGAAAGAUAACAAUAAAGCCAUAAACGUAUGAUAUUUGUGCACGUGAGGCAGCUGCCAAUUUCAACUCCGCCACUGCAUGACAGCUUGAGUUUGCCUUUUUGCCUCUGGCAGGUGCGAAGACUGGGCAAAGUUGGGUGUCCUGCAGGUGAGAGACGAGGAGCCACGGAGAGGCAGAACCACGUCCAUAUUGUAGCGAACACUUUCUAGAUCCUAGAAACAUUUUCCUGUACAGAUACUAACUUUCUGGUCUGUUUGACAGACUUUGGUAAAAGUCCAAAGACCCUGAGGGUCUGAGCAUCUAGAAAUCCCAGACAAAGAAUUUGUGGAUUCGUUUUGUCCCAGGUGGCUUUUGUGAAAUGCAGCAAAGGUUUUUCCGGAGUGCCUGUCUGUCAUUCCUGAACAAUAUCCAUAGCACUGUUGGCCUCGGGAGUGCACAGCUCCUGCUGAUCUAUUUUUCUCUUUGUGAAGGCGGAGGGACAAUUAUCACUGCAUGUCAUCUCCUAGACAAUCAGUCCCAUAGAGAUGGUGGCCAGUGGUUAGCUAUUGCACGUUAUUUGCCAUGUAAAUGAACAUGUCUUUAUUUAUCAAAACAAAGAGAGGCUAUUUUUAUAUCCUUGGUAUGAAAUAUGUAUUUAAACUAUUUAAAAUAUUUAUAAAGAAAUGAAUGUUUUCUUUUCAUUUUGGUAAAAAACAAGAAAAGCUCGCUGUUUUAACAAGAAAUGCACUACCGUUAUGUAAAGUAGAUCAAAAAUUAUUUAUUGUUAAAAGGAUAUAGUUUCAAAAGGAAUUCCCCUUUUAUCUGCAUGCAGUUUGCAACAAAUGUAUCCCCAUGCUUCUGGAUUACAAAAGGAAAGUGAGGUCAUAUUUUAUUGAUGAAAUAAAAACGUGGACUGAGUGUCAAGUACAUGAGCUCUGGGAUGGUGGUAGAGAGGGCUCCACCUUGUCUCUGCUGAAUCACGUCAACGACUGAAUCAAGGCUGCCCCCACUGUGCCAGCAUAAACGUCUCUCCUCCAAGCAUCAUACUUUAUUAUUCAGGGGCCCAAAAUUGGUGUGUGCAAUAUGAGAUUACAGUUACAUUGAGACAUUUGGGCCUCAUAGUGAGGGAGAAAACCUUGGGUGUAUCCACCCCCUGUGCUACUCUUUCAGGAGAGGUUGUAGGCAUGAAAAUUCCAAAAUGGUGCCAAGACUUCUGAGCUAUGGCAUGUGAGAAUGAUGCCAGCUUGCACUGGAUCCGCACUUUAAUUUUUUUCUUUCAAGCGCUCAAUAAUGCUGCAAGUUAUGUGGAGCAGGUGUUUUCAUUUUCAUUUUGCAGAGAAAAAAAGGAUCCCAGAGAUUACACAGCAAGGAUGCUGGAGAUGGUCUAGAACUCAUAAUGCUCCCUACAUCUCAGCCAGCACGCCAAUUCAGAUGUUGGGCUUGGGAAUGAUUUAUUAAAUGUCUUCACUGAAGUUUUGUGUUUAAGAACAUUUAGGGUCUGAUCAUCCCGGACAUUCUUAGAAAACAUUGAAUUCACAUUCUGGACUUCCCUGUUCUUAUUUCCCACCACAAAGAGUAAACAAUCUGAGAUUGGAUCAUUAGAAACAUCUAAAUUAAGCAAGACUCCUGAUGUGUGAAUCUUAUACCCUAAAAUUGGCUAGAGUAGCAGAAAGAAAAGAAAUCUUCCCUAAUUUGAAAAUGAAAACAGUCCAGGUUUAUGAGGCAGGUCACUCCAGACUCAAUGCAUUCUACUCCCCUACCUUGCAAAUUCAAUCUGUCCCUGCUUAAGUGAAUGGAAACACAGAGGCACAGGCACGCUUCUCCAUUUAAUGUAUUCAUCUGUAGUCCCCAUUUUACUCAUCCUGACCCAUGUCAUCAUUUUAGGUACCAUUCAAAAGGAACUAACUGGUGUUUGUUUGUGAAUAUCCUUCUGGCAAACUAGCACUAUUAUUACUGAUGCUAAUAAUGACUGACAUUCUGUUUUUUGAGUACUGACUAUGUAUCAACAGAUGUUUAGGAAUUAACACGUUAUGUUUCCUCAUAUAAUCCUCAAAGCUAAAAGUUACUGGUUAUUAUUAUCCCCUUUUGGUAAAUAAAUAAUUUGGACAUAGAUUUUUUUAACUUGCCUAGUCACGUUGUUUUAAAUGAUAGACCCAAUACUCCCAUGGGCUCUCUGGGUACCCCUCCCUUCAUGUCCAUCCAUUCUUGCAGCCUUUUGAAACUUUACUAGUAAUUAAUUUCUUUUGAAAUCCAUGAAUAAAAUAAAAUAAAAUAGUUGGUUUCUUUUAAGCUAGGCAUACAAAUGAGGAUUUGGGGAAGUCCCAGCGGAAGGCUUGGAAGUACGCCCACAAUUUUCCAGCCAGUCACCAUCUCUGUAUCUACUCCUAACAGCUGACUUCAGCAGGCAUAAGAACCAGCUGCCCACCCUGGAUGGGUGUGCAAGCGGACAAGAAGGAGUGAGCAUCCGGGAGAAGGGAGGGUUCCCAUGAUUUCUUACAGGGGAGUACCUGCCUCAUCUGAAUCAGUCCCACCUUACUCCCUUAUCAACCUUUUCCAUCAUCAUCAUUAUUCUGACAAACAAGAUUCUCCCAUACUUGGGGCAGCUCAGAAUGAAAUGUUUUGGGGUUUUUGGUUUGUUUAUUUAUUCAUGUUGUGAUAUUAUUCUAGGAAAUGAGAACUCCAAGUUUUUGUAGAUGUCUGAUUUUCUAAACAUUGUUGCUAUGCAAAUAGCAGAGGUCCUUGUCUUAUCAGGGAUGCAAUUUUGGCUCCCUACAUUUUCCUCACCCACCCACUCUGCUGAUGGAGUAAAACAGGGAUCCAGAGGGAAGAAAAGGACUUAAUUUCUCCAUCAAGUAUAGUUUCUUAAAAAUACUACUGGGGACUAAACUCUUCUGUGUAGUUCUAAUUAACAGAACCAGAUAGACAGGUUAUAUAAGACUUUGUUUUGAUUCAAGGUACGUAGAAAUUUCUGGCAUCUAAUGUUACUCAAAAAUGGUAUUUAUUGCCUCGAGAGGGGGUAGAAUCAGUAACAAGUGUUCUAUCAGAGGUUGCAUAACUCUUUGACAGGCAUAUUGUUUUCCAGAAGGGCUCUGUAUUAGAUGGGAAGUUAGCAGAAUACCUGCAUCAGAAUCACAUGGGGUAGUUGUUUAAAAUGCAGAAAGUCUGGCUUCAGUCCAACCCCUUUGGAUAGAGUCUGGGAAUCUACCAUUUAGUAAACUUCCUGGGUGACUCAUAUACACUAAAGAGUGGGAAAUAUUGGUCUAGAAUCUAUGGUAGUAGAAGAUUGAGUCCUAGCUAAUUUAUACGUAAGUGAACUAGCAUCUAAAUUCUAUUAUAGACAGCCCUGAGUCUAUAAUUGUAUAAUAGAGAGCUCUGGUUAACCCUAAUAUCAGUAGUUAUCAAACUUUAGUUUGAAUAAUGUAGUUCCGGUGGAUCUUAUUAAAGUAGUGAUUUCAAGACCUUCAUCCCAAAGAUAAAGACUGGGUGCCAAGUGAUUCUGAUAUGAAUGUUCCGGGGAACAAACUCUAGAAACAUCAUCCUAAGCAGUGUGCUCAUCUCUUAGAUAACAAGGUUCUGUGAGAGGCAGACCAACUAGAUUCGAACCAAUUAAAACUGACAAUUGCGUACAAUGCUAUUUCCGUACAGUUCCUGACACAUCAGUCAUUUUUUCAUUAAAGUGAUCGGUCACUUUCUCCAAGAGAGCUUUGAGCAUUCAUUCAUUCAUUACUUCAACUAAGAAUGGUUGAGUGCCAACUAUGU